AUGCAUCGUCGUCAAACGAAGAACGAGAAGAUUCAGGUGUAUUCGUGUAUGAUUCCUCCACUACUCGCGUAACGACUCUUGGAUGCUGUUGAUAAGCUGAAUGGCGAGUCACAACGGUUGGAGCAGCGUAGGAUCCCGAGUGCGUCUCAUUAAGGUCUCCACGGAUUUGAGCGAAGGAAGGAACAUUCACUUCACCAGAUUUCACAAGCGACAUCGGUAAUACUGGAGUUUUGCUGUCAAUUUCAUGCACUUCCAUUUUUGGAAGGACCAGGUCUCCAGUUCUUCGAGAGGAAGCAGAGUUUGAGUGAGAGACAUUUUCCUGCAGUGGACCGGGUGUAUGAAUAGCAUGCUGUGACGGAGUUGUGGCGCCGGUGUUUAAAACACGCCGAGCUGAUGAACCUGAUGCGGACGGGUGCACAGAGCUUUUUGUCGGUGUUCGAGGUUUUACUGGAGUUCGGGCUCUCAAAGGAGGUACGUCAAUUUCCUCAUCCCGAUAUCGUGAUGGAAGUUUGGACGUAUCACGCAAUUUGUACGGAGACGAUGCCUUGUCACGAGCCUCGGUACUUGACAUCGUUGCUACUUUCUUCCUUGCUGGGCUUUUAA